AUGAUGACCCCCGAGCAACGUUAUCUUUUCGAUGUCACCGGAUACCUUCACCUGAAGAAUGUUCUGAGCGACGAAGAGUUGAAAGCAGCGCAAGAAGCGGCAAAUGAAUACAUCAAUACGCCUACCGAAGAGCUCCCACCCGGAUUUGAUUCCAGCGCAAAAAACCUCCCAAACGGCUUUGCGUUUGCGAAACCCUUAGAAGCCCUCACACUGCACCGAUCGACGUGGCCCAUCAUCAAGGAACUGACCAAUAACAAACCGCAGUUGAUGCGUGGAACUAUGAUUGCGGAUCGGGCGGGUGUGUCAGAGUCGGCGGAAGGGCUCCGUUUGCAUUGCGCACGAGAGGAUUUCGGAUGGCACGCCAAUCGUUAUGAGGUCCGACACGGUCGAAUCUUUUGUGACGAUUUUGUUGUUUUUCCGUAUCUGUACGAUGUGCAUCCCGGAGAUGGCGGAUUGCUGGUGGUACCCGGCACACACAAGACCGUUUUCGAUCGUCCUGAACACCUCUAUAACAACGGAAGGGUUGAAGAAGCCAAUGAUAUUCCACAAGGGGUCGUUAACGUCACGCCAAAGGCAGGGGAUAUGGUGAUUAUCUCUGAGCUCUUGACGCACGGUGCACUGCCUUGGAAGCCGAAAGACCGAUAUCGUUGCGUCCUGACCCUACGCUACAGACCGCAACACCGUGGCGAGAGUCGGGUGCCGGAAGAGGUUAGAACACGAUUAUCACCAGAAACGCUGGAACUCAUCUCCCAAGCAGACCACUAUCACACGAAAGAGAUCGUUAAAAAGGAUGUCAUCACGUUGACAUAA